AUGAACGAGAAGGGUGAAGAAGCUGCAGGGAGUUCAAAGCAAGGCACCGACAGCCGCAGCGCGGUCACCACGGCCAGGGGUGACCAAGUCCUCCUCACCGCAGGACAGGCAGAGGUACCUCGGACAGGGGGCAGGCGGCCGCGACUUCCUCCCCCGCCCCGCGGGCAGCAUGCGGGCACGGCCACCACCCCGGUCCCCACACUCAGGUGCCGGCAGUGCCCUGAAGGCCACGGAGCCCUGGCUCGGGAGGAACGGGAAUCUCAGCAGAACGGCCCUGCUCGCGGGAGCCCCUCAGACCGCGCAAGAGGGACCCAGAAAUUUCUCCUUCAGCCACCAAAAGAACUGCUGGGUCUCCCUGCUGUAACCUCUCAGCCUCAUCCUGAUUCAACCGUGCAGACGUCACUACAGGGUCGGCAGGAGUCCCGAGAGCCACACCCCGGGCAGACCACGGGGCCUCCAGUCCGGCUCCCCCCAGCAGAGCCGAGGCCUGGACGAGCUGGGGAGACUCCAGCACUUCAACCCCCCUAG